AUGUUACGAGAAGAGGCCGAGGUCCAAGUCACAUACAACAUUAUUGCAAGUACAGCCAAUUGGGUCCUGCUUGCCGGGUACUUGGUGGUUCCUGGCACUUUUACCUCCCUCCAGACGUCCAAUCAAGUCGAAAGUGCUCUCAACCACAACGGCGCUGGACGUCAUAUGCUACAUACCAUCCACAACCCGCCUUUACUCGGCAUAGCAUGUUUCUUCUUGAUGGUUGGGGCUUUCGCUCUUCUCUGGCUAUUGCACUUUCGUCAACUGCGAUAUGUCUACACCUGGUUGAUCAACAAGAUUUUCAUGCCAGUGUCUCUGAACGCCGCAGCCGGACUUCUCACCACCCUGGUCAAUGUUUACACUUCACGCGCGGGCCAUUGGUCCGUUAUGGCUUUGGUAACGGCUGUUGUCACUGGCUUUACUACGCUGGCAUUUUCACUGCUCUUUUAUGUGUACCGAUUUCAGAUGCUUAAAAAUGUGAUGGCAGAUAGGAGGCUUUUUCAUUCCUGA